UUUUUAGUGUUCUAGAUCUGAGCCAACCCUCUGUCAACUGUAUUAUGUCUGCAAGCACUUCCUCAGGUACUGCAGGAAGUAGUGGUCGUACAAGUGCUCCGAAUACUGCACCUUCAGGAGGCAUGGCAUCAACAGGAAACACCUCUGCAUCUCCCACUAGUGCUAAGCCAGAAAGCAAGCCUAAUCCCAAGAUGUCAAAAGCUCUUAGCACCUCUGCUAAGCGUAUUCAGAAGGAGUUAGCUGAAAUCACGCUUGACCCCCCUCCAAACUGCAGUGCUGGUCCUAAAGGUGACAACCUUUAUGAGUGGGUUUCCACCAUCCUUGGGCCCCCAGGCAGCGUAUAUGAAGGUGGAGUAUUUUUUCUUGACAUCCACUUCCCACAUGACUAUCCCUUCAAGCCACCCAAAGUGACAUUCCGCACUCGCAUCUAUCACUGCAACAUCAACAGCCAAGGUGUGAUCUGUCUUGACAUUCUGAAAGACAACUGGUCCCCUGCUCUCACCAUUUCUAAGGUGUUGCUGUCCAUCUGCUCAUUGCUGACGGACUGCAACCCUGCUGAUCCGUUGGUGGGAUCCAUUGCCACCCAAUACCUCCAAAAUCGCGAGGAACAUGAUCGCAUUGCUCGGUUAUGGACCAAGCGUUAUGCUACGUGAAGGUGCUGUAAAGACACCAAAGACUCGUGUCCUGCAGUGGGAGAGCAUUUGUGCUUUUCAUGCCACUUCCCUUCCAUGACAAGUCAAAGAAAAUUAAAUGUGGUGUAGUUCUCCUUUAUGUACAUAUAUCUGCAUAUAGUAGACUCAAAAAAAAAGGUGAUUCAAGUGCUGUCAUCAUUGAUGGACCUUAUUGGGGUUGGUCGUCCAUGUGGUUGGUCCUGCUUCUACUACAGCUCCAAACAUUAGUUUUCAUCUCCACAUGUGUUGGAUCUCAUCAGAAUGACCUCCCACACAAGGUGCAAUCCAUCUCUGAUGAAGCCCUUCAGCUCAGAGCUCUUCCGUCUCCCCUCACUACAUCUCACUCUAUCUUGUGAAUUCCCUUUCACAUCCUUGGUUCUUGUAUCAGGAGGGGAGAAGAAAUUGCCUGUGGUGGACUUUUUUAUGAGUUGUUCUUUCUGUGCUUCCAAUGGGAAACAUGGUAAUUGUCAAUAGCAAAUUAUGUUUUUGAAGUUGGAAUUGGGGCAUAUUCAAAUAUGCUGUCUUCUCACUUUGUUUACCUCUCACAGUGCAUUUCAAGAUGAUCUUGCACAGAUGUGAUUUGUCCUUUGAGAGAUUGUUGUUUACGAAGCAUAUUUUGAUGAAUUCAUUCAGCUG